UCCACCUUUUCUCAUGCAGACAGAGACAAGAAAGAUACUCAUCUCACCCCUCUAAAUACCAAAACUUUUCUUUACAAAUUUCAACAAUCAUUGAAAACCAAUAAUCAUAAAAAGAGAAAGAAACAAACAAUAAAACAUUGGAAGAAUGGAGAAAACGGCUCAUCCAUUACUUAGAGGUGGAAGAAGAGAGACAAGGUAUAGUCAUGGAUUUUCUUCAUCAGAUAUGGAAACUUUGACCAGCAUUUGUGAAACUCUUCUUCCUCCUCUUCCUCAAAACUCCCUUGAAAAAAAUAGCCAUAAAAUUCAAUACCUUCAUAAAGCUUCUGGUUCUCAGUAUCCAAUUCCUGAUGAGGUUGCAGACAUUGUAACUAAAAGUUGUUUACGGGAAGCAAGAAUCUUGGUGAGGGGAUUAUUAAGAAUCCUAUCAACAAGAAUUGGGACAUUAUUACUAUGUGGAUUAUUUUGUUUUAGUAAAAGUUGGCCUUACAUCAAUAAAUUCUCUGAUAUACCAAUGGAGAAAAGAGAAAUUGUGCUGCAAAAAUGGUUCAAGAACAGAUUUUUAACACCUGUUAGAUUGGGAAUUGUGUUUAUCAAGUUCUUGUGUCUCUAUGUCUUCUUUACUCAGGUUGGUGAAGAUUCUAAAAAUCCAGCAUGGGAUGACAUGGGAUAUCAAGUAGACAAUGAAGACAACUCUUCAGAAACACCUGAUGAGAGACCUCUACAGAAGGGAAUUGUAGAAACUAUAUAUGAAACAGAAUCAAGUAUGGUCAAGUCCCUUGUCCAAAAAGGCCUAAAAGUCAUAGAAGACACCAAAAACGACAUGUACAAAGUUCAAUGCGAUGUUGUCAUUGUUGGUUCAGGAUGUGGUGGAGGUGUUGCAGCAAGUGUUCUUGCAAGUUCUGGCCUAAAAGUUGUCGUUCUCGAAAAAGGAAACUACUUCAUUAAAUCAGACUAUUCUUCCUUGGAAGGACCUUCCCAAGGUCAACUGUAUGAAUCAGGAGGAAUACUCUCAACUUGGGAUGGUAAAAUUAUGAUCUUGGCAGGAUCAACGGUUGGUGGUGGCUCCGCCGUUAAUUGGUCAGCUUGCAUCAAGACUCCUGAUUCUGUUAUGCAAGAAUGGGGCGACGAUAAAAGAAUCCCCAUUUUCCAAAGCCCUGAGUAUGUAUCGGCUAUGGACAAAGUUUGUGAACGAAUCGGUGUGACUCAAAAUUGCACACAAGAAGGUCUCCAGAAUCAGAUUCUCCGAAGAGGGUGUGAAAAUCUCGGUCUUGAAGUUGAAGGCGUGCCACGAAACUCAUCCGAGAAUCACUAUUGUGGCUCGUGCUGCUAUGGCUGUAGAAGAGGUGAGAAAAAAGGAACUGAUACAACUUGGCUGGUGGAUGCUGUGGACUGUGGAGCAGUGAUUAUAACAGGAUGCAAAGCCAAGAAAUUCAUAGUAGAAAAGAAUAAGUAUGGUAAUCAAACAGACAAGAAAUGCUUAGGAGUGAUUGCAACCAGUAUGAAUAAAGAUAUCAUAAAGAAGAUAUGUAUUGAGGCAAAAGUGACCAUUUCAGCUUGUGGUUCUCUUUUGACACCUCCACUUAUGAUCUCUAGUGGAUUGAAAAAUCCGAACAUUGGCCGAAAUCUCCAUCUUCAUCCAGUCAUAAUGGCAUGGGGGUACUUUCCGGAAUCCUAUUCAGACCUCAAGGGAAAAGUAUUUGAAGGAGGAAUCAUUACCUCAGUACACAAAGUGGGAAGUUGUGAUUCCAAUGUAAGAGCUAUAAUAGAAUCUCCUAUUCUAGGACCGGGAUCAUUCGCUGCUUUAUGUCCUUGGACAUCUGGAGAGGACUUGAAGAACAGGUUACUCAAGUAUUCCAGAACAGCUCAUUUAUUUGCAAUGGUUAAAGACGUAGGAUCGGGAAAAGUAGGACCAGACGGAAGAAUAAGCUAUAACUUCGACGCCAUGGACAUAGAAAGUUUGAAACACGGGCUAAGACAAGCUUUAAGGAUCUUGAUAGCAGCAGGAGCUGAUGAGGUAGGCACUCAACAAAGCGAUGGCCAGAGAAUUAAAUGUAAGGGAAAAAGUGAAAAAGAACUCGAGGCUUUUCUUGACACAGUCACAGCAGCAAUGGGGCCAAAGUCACUUGUAAAGGAGUUUACAACUUAUAGUUCUGCUCAUCAGAUCGGGAGCUGCAGGAUGGGAACGAGUGAAAAAGAUAGCGCGGUUGAUGAGAACGGGCAGAGUUGGGAAGCAGAUGGAUUAUUUGUUUGUGAUGCUAGUGUUCUGCCAGGUGCUGUUGGUGUAAAUCCCAUGAUCACUAUCCAGGCCACAGCAUAUUGCCUUUCCAAGAAGAUCGCUGAAAUGAUAAAAGAAGGAAAAUUCUCAAGAUAAGCGAUCCUCUAUAUAUAUAUAUAUAUAUAUAUAUAUAUAUAUAUAUAUAUUCUGUUUCAAUACAAAUUUGUAAUGCCUUGUCCUUCUUUGAAUGUUCCUACACUUGUAAUUUUCAUUUUAAGUUAACAGUUUUCAUUUUUAACCAGUGAGAUAUGUAUACCUAGUGGAUAAAGAGGAUCUCAAUAAAAUAAAAUAUUCGUGUUAAAUUUC